AUGGCAAGGGCAACGACGGAAUUGGCGCAAAAACGACGGGUCGAAUGUGAGCUGAUCGACGGUAUGGACAAGCAGAGGAUGACGGCGAUGUGCGUCGAGCUUUACAUCUUCGAAGCGCAACAUUUCGAGGAUGUCGCGCUUUGUAGGCGCUGGAGGGCCGCACAAGCCGCGCAAUUUUUCGCGACGGGCCGACUUGAUGGUGCACAGCUCCACGUGAAUUCGCAUGUUCGUCCGUCUUCCAGAGGGAUCAAGGGUCGUCCAAUUCUUUUACAGCCCGUGAAACUUGAGCCGCUCGACUUGCCAGUGCGCACCGACCCGCGAUUCGACUCACUUCAACACGCUGCUCAUGUCGAGGCCUCGGAAUUGGCUGAACGGCUCACGAUUUUCGAGCUGUGCCAGGCACGUUCCCGUUCUUUCGCAUCUCCGUGGCUGGACGAAUGGCAGAAGAACGGCGAGCCAGCGAUGAUGGCGGAGACGGCAGCCGCGGCCGCUGCUUCGGCUGCCGCCGCCGCCAAAUUUGCCGACGCGGCGCGCCGUGUGCGAGCGGCCUCGACCGCUUCGGAUGACCUGCUGAACAUCAAGCGCCAACGAGUGCUCAAGGCGGACGGAAUUGUGGACAACACCUAUGCAAUGGGGCUACAGAUGCCGCCCCCGAUUUUGUGGCGCGAGCCCGGGACUGAGCAGCUACCCACCGCCCAGCCAGCCUCGACUUUGCCCAUUCAGACGCCGUCACAGCGCAGCAGCGAAACGUCGAGCUCAUCCGACGAGUCGUUGACUACCAUCCCACCCGGCCAGCCGUCGGGUCGUAUCGUCGAGUCUCCGAUAUUGCUCAUCAUCGGCGAGCUACCGUCUUCUGCUACAACAUCAUCUACCCGCGCUACGUCCUUGGUUGGUUCCGAUCGCAGCUCGGCCCCGAGGACGGUCAACCCGGCCUCUGCCCCACCGCCGUCAGUCACCUCGUCCGAAUCAUCGACCCACUACUCGUACACCUGUGACUUCCUCAAGGCCCUGAACGAUUUCGAAGUCAAGCGGGAGCCGUUGGCUGAGGACUCGUCGAUUUUCCGCGUGGCUGGCAAAUACAUGGUCGAGCGCAUCUUGAACGACAUCGUC